AGCGCUCCCGCCGGGGGCUGGCCGUGGCCGGCCGCCGCAUGCAGGAUGCUGCGGCUCCGAACGGCUCUGACGGCCGCAGGUCCCCGUCCCUCAGCCCGUCCCUCAGCCCUUCCCUCGGUGCGUCCCUCAGCCCGUCCCUCGGUGCGUCCCUCAGCCCUCGCCCCGCCGCCGCCACCGCCCGGGUCCGCCGCUUCAUCCAGGAGCGGCGGGCGCUGCCGCUGCCCCGGGUGAUGGUGGUGUUCUCGGCUGCGGGGGACGCGGACGGCCCGGGGGACGGCGGCUCUGGCUCCGACCUGCGGGAGGCGUCCCCGACCCCUCCCCGAGCCCUGGCACACCCCUUCAGCACACCCCCCCUGAACGCCCAGAAACAAGAGUUUCCAGAGGUCAUCUCCCUGAACGUUGGGGGCACGUACUUCACCACUCGCCUGUCCACUUUGCAGCGAUACGAGGACACCAUGCUGGCUGCCAUGUUCAGCGGCCGUCAUCACAUCCCGCGGGAUGCUGAGGGCCGUUAUUUCAUCGAUCGAGAUGGAACGUAUUUUGGGGACAUCCUGAACUUCUUGCGAGAGGGUGAGCUCCCUCACCGGGACCGGGUGAGAGCGGUGCACAGAGAGGCUCAGUACUACUCCAUCGGCCCGCUGCUCGACCGGCUGGAGGACAUCCAGCCGCUCACAGGGGAGAAGGUCCGGCAAGCCUUCCUCGACCUCAUGCCCUACUACAGAGAAAAUCUGGAACGCAUUAUGGAGAUUGCCAAACUGAGGGCCAUGCAAAAAAAGGCCCGAUUUGCAAAGCUGAAGAUCUGUGUCUAUAAGGAGGAGAUGCCCAUCACUCCAUAUGAGCGUCCUCUUUUUAACUCUCUGCGCUUCGAGCGGUCGGACAGCGAGGCCAAGCUGUUUGAGCACCACUGCGAGGUGGACGUUUCUUUUGGGCCGUGGGAGGCGGUGGCGGACGUUUACGACCUGCUGCACUGCAUCGUCAGCGACCUGGCGGAGCGAGGCAUCGCUGCCGAGCAACAGUGCAUUGGCGUCUGCGACAAGCACCUCAUCAACCAUUACUACUGCAAGAGGCCCAUCUACGAGUUCAAGAUCACAUGGUGGUAAGAUUCCAAGGAGAGACGUUCGAGCUGAUCGGACCAAAACGCAAAUGGAAGGAUGUUUUACUAAAACUCUGUCGAUAUUGUUUUUUUGUAUUGAAGUUGCCAAUGUUUUAUGCUGAUGUCUUAAAAAUGUGACCCUUUAAAUCAUUUUGGAAGUAUUUUAUUUCCUCUAAAUGUCUUUUCUGUCUUACCAAAAUGAAGCAAAAAAUCAGACAUUUUUCUGAUCCUGUUUCCACUGGCCUCACCGUGAUGCCGUCGUGAUACCUCAUGACUUCCCCGGUGGUUCUGGCCACAGCCAUAUGUCACGAUGAGCAGGUGAAACUUUUAAUUUAGAGAAAUCCAAUCAAGUUGUAACGUUUGUACGCAGGUCCGCCAAGUUACAGGUGGUUUUUUUUUCAGUCUUGUCUCCAUGUGUCUGGUUGUGUUCUGCUUCAGCCCACAGAGCCUUUUGUGCAUUUGAUCAACAGAUUCAAUUCACUUUGAAUCAAAGCAUCCAUCUUUUGACCAUUUAAGAUGCCAAGAAACAUAGUUUUUCAGUCUCGCUGUUCAUCUUUAGCCACAGUACUGCAGAUGGCUGUACUACAUAAGCUCAACUACUUUUUUUUUUUUCCCCCUCCUCCCCAAGUCCCAGCUAUGCAAAUACAGCAUGAAUGAAAAGCAGCUUUUGCAGUUGUGUAAUCAAAAAUGAAGCUUACCUGUUGUGGCAAACACAUAAAAUGCACAGCUUUAACGUAGGAGUAAAUGGAGAUGGACACGCCAUGUUUCUAUCUGCCCAUCACUUCACUUGAUCAAUAUUUCCAUCUACGACUGCAGCGUAAGGAGUCUGUUAUACAAACCGUAUUAAUUAUUUUCUGCUAUUUAAAAACCAACAUUACCGCAACUCUUACU